AUGGCUCAGCCUCCAUCUCUCACUCAUAUCAUCUCACUCCACCCACUUGGCACCUCGGCCUGCUUCCGUCGCUUUUCCCAAAAUCACAAAUAUUCCUUGAAAUGUCCUCACUCCAUCCAUCCCCUCAGGAACAUCCACCAUCCCCUUACCAUCCACCGCCUGCUCAAUAACAUCAACAUCGCUUACAAGGGACCACCUCAGCCUGCCUCUUCGCAUCUCGUCGCUCGCUUCAUCGGCCGCACCCAACCACAUACUCUCCUCGGGCUCACCAAUCCUACAUCUUCAAUCCCACUCCAUCUCGUCCUUUCCGACCCAUCGCACGUUCCUUUCGAGUACGCAGCCCUGCACGACAUGAACAUGUCUUUCCCUAGCCAUUCCACACAUCCCCUUGACCCUUCAGUCUUGUACACCGUCUAUCCGGAGUCUCAAUCAUCAAGCUGCCUGCCCCCGGUCACCCCGAUCUCACCCACUCCCCGUCCUCCCCCGAACCCCGUACCCCCGCUGGCAGUAUCUACCUUGUCGUCAACCCACGGACAUCACAUGAGAGACAUCGCCUGGGCCCCUGACGACCAAAGCUCAUUCCACUUUCGCCAACUCGACUGA